AUGAGUGACACCUGGCGAAAUGGUCUUUUCAGCCAUGUCUGUGGUGGUGACUGCGGCACCUGCCUCGGCGCUUGGUUCUGCUCUCCCUGUCUCUACGGCCGCGCCGUCAACCGAUACGAAAAGUUCCCCGACACCGACAAGGACCACUACGACAACGUCGCCUGCAACGGGCCCUGCUGGCUGUUCUUCGGAGCAGGCGUCUGCUGUGGGCUCCAAUGGAUCCCUCUACUAUUCAAGCGUGGCGAGAUCCGCGACAGGUUCGGGAUUCGAGGCGACGGUUGCGUGGAUUGCCUGGCUUCGUUUUUCUGCGCGCCCUGUGCCCUCGCGCAGGUCGAGACGGAACUCAAGGACCGCGCUACGGCGGCGCAGCAUGGUGGUGCGCCGCCGUUUGGGGGCGAUAUCAAGCAGGGGUAUGCGCCUCCGCCGCAGGGGAUGAGUUAUCAGCCUGGUGCUCCUACUUAUCAGCACGGUGCGCCUCCCUAUCAUCAGCCCGGUGUGCCGGUCCAUCAGUAA